ACGGUGGUGAAAAGCAAGAGAAAUCAGCUGUUUAUGCAAAUAAGGGGGCGUGUCGAGGAACGAGGGGGCGGAAAGGCACCGCCCCGUAUGCAGAUAAGAGGGGCGUGGGGAGCCGAGGGUGCCUCGGAUCCCCGGAAGGGCUCGGAGCCCCAUAUAACAAACUACUGAGGACCUUUCCCAAGCAGAAUUAGCGAAAGCUCUAGGGACCGAGCCGGAGGGAGGAGGAGGAGGAGAAGGAGAAGGCGGCGGCGGCGCCCCGGAAGUGAAGAAAGAAGAAAUUUCGUCGCGGGAACGAAGCUGCAUCUUUAAAAUACAUCACUAGAUAGAUUGCUGUAAGAAAAAUUGCAAUCGGCGCCGGACCAUGGCAGAGGAGGAACAUACUGCUCCCAGCACCCCCACGAUCCCUUCCGCUCCCCCGAGCAGGAGCAGCCCCGAGGCGGCCGUCCGCGAGCCCUGCCCGGGCUGCUGCGAGAGCAGCCGCUGCAACGUGCUGACCUGGGAGCAAGUGCAGCGCCUGGACCGGAUCUUGAGCGAGACCAUCCCGAUCCACGGCCGGGGCAACUUCCCGACGUUAGAGAUGCAGCCGCGGCAGAUCGUCAACGUGGUGCGGAGCCGCCUGGAGGAGAAAAGCAUCGGCGUGCGGGACGUCCGCCUCAACGGCUCGGCGGCCAGCCACGUCCUGCACCAAGACAGCGGCCUGGGUUACAAAGACUUGGACCUCAUCUUCUGCGCCGACCUGAAAGGGGAAGCCGAGUUCCAGACUGUCAAAGACGUGGUCCUGGACUGCCUUUUGGAUUUCUUACCCGAAGGAGUUAACAAGGAGAAGAUCACCCCCUUGACCCUGAAGGAGGCCUAUGUGCAGAAAAUGGUGAAAGUGUGCAAUGAUUCAGACCGAUGGAGUCUCAUCUCCUUGUCCAACAACAGUGGCAAAAACGUGGAGCUGAAAUUUGUGGACUCUCUGAGGAGGCAGUUUGAAUUCAGUGUAGAUUCUUUCCAGAUCAAGCUAGACUCUCUUCUUCUUUUCUAUGAAUGUUCAGAAAACCCAAUGACCGAAACUUUCCACCCAACCAUCAUUGGGGAGAGCGUCUAUGGGGAUUUCCAAGAAGCCUUUGAUCACCUUUGCAACAAGAUCAUUGCCACCAGAAAUCCAGAAGAAAUCAGGGGAGGUGGUCUCCUCAAGUACUGCAAUCUCUUAGUAAGAGGCUUCAGGGCUGCCUCCGAAUCGGAGAUUAAAUCCCUUCAGAGAUACAUGUGUUCGAGGUUUUUCAUUGACUUCUCAGACAUUGGAGAACAACAGCGGAAGCUGGAGUCCUACUUGCAGAACCACUUUGUGGGACUGGAGGACCGCAAGUAUGACUAUCUCAUGACCCUUCAUGGCGUGGUGAAUGAGAGCACAGUGUGCCUGAUGGGACAUGAGAGGAGACAGACAUUAAAUCUGAUCACCAUGCUGGCCAUCCGGGUGCUAGCUGAGCAAAACAUCAUUCCCAACGUGGCCAAUGUCACUUGCUACUACCAGCCUGCCCCAUAUGUAACCGAUGCCAACUUCAGCAAUUAUUAUAUUGCCCAGGUUCAGCCGGUGUUCCCGUGUCAGCAGCACGCGUACUCAACUUGGUUGCCCUGUAACUAACAGUUUUGACAGACUUGGUGGGGGAACAUGUUUUCUAUCAAGCCAACGAAAGGGGGAGGGCAGUAUUCCCCUUUAAAAAAACAACAACACACACACAUGGGGUGGUUUCUGUGCAAUGGUCGUCUGCUCUAGCUUUUAAGAUGGAGGAAAGCUAUUUGGUUCUUAUGUUAAAGGUAGGUAAGAACCAAACACUUACUGGAUUCCACCCCACAGCAUGAGGCCUGUCAUGAAAAGCAAAUAGAGUCUCCUUGUAAUAAACCAGGGAGGAAUGCUUGAUGACAAUAUGGGUGGGCCAAGCCUGCUCCCAUAGCUAUGGUGUAGUGAAAGUUGGGAAGCCUUUAAUUUUAAAAAUGGGAUCUGCAAAAA